AUGACCUCGGAACUCAUGGUCAGAGACGUAUGGUCAAACCUAGACAAGAAAAUCAAAUACAAGAUGCCUAUCAGCACGACCGCCGGCCCCACAUUGCCAAGUUUGAUCAAAUGCACGCACGGGGCUCUGCGCACGGGCCACAACGUUCAGCUCCGACAGUUAAAGGCCCGUGCGCAGCCUCCUAGUUUGAUCCCCCACAUGGGCUUUGGCUGGUCAGUCGAAGAACGAGACCCAUGGAUUGUGCCUACCUUCUUCUUUGGGGGGGCGGCCUUUGCAAGGGCAGAAGACGCCGCGAAACACUCGGCCUCGAAUGGCGGAUCGCUGCUGGCGCUGAUUGAGGGCCUCGCCGGCGCAGACCUCGACAACGAACCUCCAGGCGAUCAGGUCAAGGUUGACCUUUGCUAG